CCAAGUUGAAAGAUAAGGUGGUGGAGGAAUCAAUCCAUAGGAAGAUGAUCUCUAUUGGAUUUCUUCCUUUGCUUUUUCUCUUCUUCGUUAUUGCAUUCCUCAGGCUAACAUCCAAACGACACAAAAACCUCCCACCUGGGCCUCAGCCAUGGCCAAUCCUAGGCAACCUUCUACAGCUUGGAAACAAUCCACAUGUUACAUCGACCCACUUGGCCCGAAUCUACGGCCCACUAAUCUCAUUCUGGCUGGGAGCCAAGCUCCUCAUCGUGGCAUCCUCCCCGUCGGCUGCUGCCGACGUUCUCAAGACCCAAGACCGCCUUCUCUCUGCCCGUGACAUCCCGCACACGUACCGCAUCAAGGAUUACAUCUCAUUCUCCCUGGGGUUCGCAUCCCAGUGCAACGAGAGGUGGAAGGCGCUGCGGACCAUCUGCAAGAACGAGCUCUUCACGACGAGGAUGUUGGAUGUUCAGACCCAUUUGAGAGAGAAGAAAGUGUCGGAGGUGAUUGGGUUUAUAUUCAGUAAAGAAGGAGAGGAGGUGAAGAUCGGCGAAAUGGCAUUCGCUGCAGUUUUCAACACCAUCGGCAAUGUUAUUUUCUCAAGAGAUGUUCUACAGCUGGGGGAUGAUAGUAAGAAUGUUGCUUCUGGGCUGAAGCAUGAAUUUUCGAGAAUUCUCCAACUGGGGCUGGCGCCGAAUCUGGCAUAUUUCUAUCCAGUGCUCAGUUCCUUGGAUAUUCAGGGACAGAAUCAGGAGGCGACGGUGUUCAACAAAAUGAUAUUUGAUAUAUGGGAUGAGUUCAUUCAAGAAAGGCGAGCGGCAGACUAUGAUGAUGGUGAUGUGAAGAGUGACUUCUUGGAUGUUUUGCUAUGUGCUGGAUACGAAGAUCUCCAGAUUAAGGCCUUGAUUUCGGACAUGUUCAUUGCAGGGACCGAUACCACCACCACACUGAUUGAGUGGACCAUGUCGGAGCUGGCUAGAAAUCCCAAAGCGAUGAGAAGAAUCCACGAUGAAUUGCAAAUGGUCGUUGGUGCCGAGAAUGUGGUGAAAGAGUCCCAUCUCAAUCACCUCAUCUAUCUCCAUGCAUGCAUUAAGGAGUCUCUUCGAUUGCACCCACCGGUCCGCUUCUACUCCCACGGCAAGCCCUCGACACAUGCGAUGUCAUGAAUUACACCAUCCCAAAGGACCGUAGAGUGAUGGUGAACGUAUGAGCCAUUGGAAGAGACCCUGGAAUUUGGAAAGGCCCGCUGACAUUUUCGCCAGAGCGGUUUCUGGAGACUAGUGUGGAUUACAAAGGGAAUCAUUUUGAGUUCAUGCCAUUUGGUGCUGGAAGGAGAAUCUGCCCUGGUUUACCGUUGGCUACCCGUAUCGUCCAGCUGAUUCUCACUUCCUUUAUUCACACAUUCCACUGGUCUCUUCCACAUGAAAUGCAGCCUGAUGAUCUGAAUAUGGACGAGAAGUUCGGCUUAAUGCUCGAGAGAAAACAUCCGCUAGUGCUCGUCCCCAAAUCAGUGGUUUAGAUAGCUAUCAAAUGCAUUUAUUUGAAUAAUCCUAUUGCCUUUUGUAUGAUAACAGGUGCAACCAUUUCGGUUUCCUGUUCUGUUGGCUGUCAUUGUGGGGACUGGUCCAUUGCGCUUUUCGGCCCUAACCAUUUGGCCUGAUUUUACCUUUCUUCCGAUCAAUAUUUAGAAAAUGGAUCACACCGCAAAAAAAGUGCGGGGAUUGAACUACUACUGUUGAAAUCUUCCUAGAGUCUACUGUCGGUUUAUUUUUCA